GUGAACAGAAGUUGAGCAAACCUCCCCAAAAACUACAGAAAGAGUAGAGAUCUAGACAGCAUAUAUCAUGUAUAGUUGACAUGAACUCAGGACUCUGUUUGUCUGUUAUGUGGAGUCCUCUCCUGGCUGAAUCUGACUCGAACAAGGGACACUGAGUGACUCAAAAUGGCCGACACCGCCGGCAUGGAGGGAUCAACGCCUGCGACGCCAAACGCUCCUUCCGAGGAAAAAACGGACGGCACCAAAGACGACGAUGGCUCCGCACAACAGUUUGACGGGAUGGCUGAGUCCCUUAAGGGGUCUACCAAGGACUGGAGCAAGUUGAAGACAGCAGAAGGCAUCAUGGCAGCUAUGUUCUCUGGAGUGUUGAUCACCGUGGCCAGUAUAUACACCAGACUGGCCGGGGACGAAGGCAUGCCCGCGAUCCACUCUAUUUUCAUGAACGAGCUAAUGGCGGCUAUCGUGUUUCUACCCAUGCCGUUUCUCGUAGGGGCGCCGAUUACCGGGAACACGUGGACAACGGUUGUAAUGUUAUUCAUACUGGGCAUAGGCAGGAUUAUUGCGUUCAUUUGUUUCUUCAUCUCGGUGCUAUACAUCCCGCCAGCGAACAGUUUCGUGAUCCGACACGGAAUCAUCCCGCUGCUGACCGCGUCCAUGGAGGUGCUGUUCUUACGGGUGGCGCCGUCCGUCGCCGAGUGGGUCGGGAUCGGCUUGAGUAUCGUCGGCGUGGUCCUCACCGCGAGCGGACGCUCGUGGAUAAAGGAAGACGAGGAAUUGUACCUUAACAUCGUAGGUAACAUGCUAGCCGUGAUCUCGGCUUUCGGACUAGCCGGACUCAUCAUCAUGACGCGUUACCUUCUUAAAACCCUCCCGAUAUGGACUCUACUUUUCUACAUCAAACUCAUCGGUAUCAUAGUUGCCGUCCCACUUCUCUUCCUGGAUCCACCAUUCACUACUGGAAUGAACUCUGAUCUAAGUUACUACCUAGUCACCCAGGGAUUCCUAUACACUGUUGGUAUAGGAAUUAUGUUUCAUAGUUUGACGUUAGAGAAUGCCUCUACUGUAGCACUGGUGAAGAAUAUUAGCAUCCUGGUGGCUUUUGCACUGGAACGUUACGUACUUGGUAUCAUCCCAACAGUCAUGGAAUUACUAGGAGCUGCCCUGGUUAUUGGGAGUACUACUGUUGUGGCUAUUGUAUUGUGGUUCAAUAAAUGGAAGGAACAAAAAAACAGAUAGGAACUACAGUAAGUGAAGCAAGAGUGUAACAUGCUGUUCUGUGCUGCAGUGGUUGAUCGUUGUGCUUGUUGACCACAGGGUCAGGGGUUCGAAACCCAGACUAGCCAUAAGUGUUAAGAGCCCAGAGUGUAUAAUGCUAAAGGUGGCAGUUACAGUUAUCUUUGGAGGAAAUAACUAUUCGUAAAAAGGGCUGUUCAUUAAUUCAAUAGUGUUAUGAAAAGCUUCUAUUGUCAUACACAUAGCAUAUAACUAUAUAAUCAAUGGUGAAAACUAUCAACAAAGCUUGGUGGAUUAUAAGGGUACACAGUACUUAAACUGAUGUAAGAAUGCUAAAUAUUUCUUUGUAAUGCUAUAGCUAUAGCUAAAUGUUUAAUAAUAUAGGUGGUGUCUGUUUUCAGGGCAGUAUUUAGAAUAAAACCAGGUAAUUAUAACAAUAAGGAUGGUGGAAGCUGGUGCUGGAAAUGAUCGUAGUCCCUGAUCCUUAUUUUGUAAAGAUAUAAGGAUGGGACACGUACGGUGAAGGUGAAUUCCUUUCAGCCACAUGUUUUUCAAUGUACAAACUACGUAUAUACCAUAUAACAUGUACAUUAUAAGGAAUUCCAGGUUGCCACAUUGCUACUAUUUCUCACAUACUAGCUGUUGUAUCAACAUGGCAAACUAAAGUGAAUAAAAUCCAUACCAU